AUAGCCUGAACUUUUUUCCGUGGUGCGCAUGCUCGUCUGAUCGGAGAAGACAAGAUGGCGGAGAAACAGAAAAUCUCCGUCGUCUGUCGGUAACUUUCUCUUUUCUGUGAAAAUGCCAGCUUCAUCGGCGCUGUUGUAGUGUAGAAAUUCAGGACAAGCAUGGUGCUAAGGACCUUCCAUACAUUUUGGGUGAUCUUGGGGACGAUCUUCGUCAGAAAUUGCGGAGGCGAGCCUCAGUCUCAGCCAGUCGUGUCCGUGACCGUUACCGAGGUAACAACAUCAUCAGCUGUCCUGUCCUGGGACUCCCACAGCCGAGAUGUCACCAAGUGUAGCCUCAUCUACUGGGAAGACCGUGCAGGUCAAAGGCCAGAGGUCAACCUGGUGGAGGUUGACCUGGAGAGGAACGGCACCUUCCAGCUGACCCGACUGGACAGGAACUGCUCGUAUCGAGCACAGUUCAAGUGUUCCGUAGGAGACAAUAAAUAUGUUGAGUCUGAAAAGAUUCUCUUUACCACAGUUUCUAAUGAAGACGUUGUCAGCACAUUUAUGCCACAUUCCAACUCCAAGCCUCCAAUCACAAAAGAAAAUACAUCAGAAGACAACGGUUCAACUCCUUCUCUUUCCAGGGACAUUCUUUUAGGCUGCUUCCUUGGGCUCCUGGGCAUCGGAAUCCUGGUAUCCCUGCAGAUCCUCAUCUUCCGCCACUGGAGGAGAUACAUCAUGUAUGGCAGGAGGUUUGCCAGAAUGCGUGAGGAGGAUCGAGACGAGUUCCCCAACUUCAACAUAGGUUAACUGAGGACACAUAUCUGCAUACCUCUCUUUACAGCACAACAGUCUAUCAACAGGCUGGAUUUAUAUCUGGUCUCCAACUUUUGCCAUUUGAAAACAAUCACAUUUAUAGACAAUGAGCAGUAACAGCACAACAUGAACGUGUGCACUAAGGGCUUUGUGGCUUUCAUUUAAGCUGCUCAACCUUUAUUUGGUUUGUAUACAUAAUUUAAUGACAUGGGGGACAAGAAGACAAUAACUUUAGGAGCAGAACAACAAUGCUGAUACAUUCGAAAAUAGUUUCAUCAGGUUGGCAGAAUGUAGGGUAAGGGAGAAUUCUUCUUACACAACCAGUAGGUACUUACAUUGCUUACGUUUCGAUGUCUCUCAGACACCUUUGUCAGAGCUUCUAACUGCUAUAUGUAGCCGAUGUAUACAUAUAGUGGUCGUAUAGCGGUGAGAAGCAGAACUCCAAUAAGAAGCUCUGACAAAGGUGUCUGAAAGACAUUGAAACGUAAGCAAUGUAAGUACCUACUGGUUGUGUAGGAAGAUUUCUCCUUUAUCCAAUGCUGAUACAAUGUAUACUUGUGUUCUGCCAAAAUUUGGAGUUCAAGGUAAACUUACUUUGGACUGAAAGAAUAUGAAAAUGUUAAUUGUGAUAUGUAUUUAGUUCGAUUAAUGCUUAUUUGCCAAUGGUAAUUUAGAUUGGUCCACAUAGAUUCUAUGAAUGAUACAAGAAAACAAACAAGGCCAUUUGGCAGUGUUAGGCCAGUUUAUAUGUGGUGCUGAUAGAAAGUUAAGUUCAAAAGAAGCCGAUAUGUUGAUUAUAUCUGUUAAGCUAAAAUUUAUGAUAUUAUGACACCUAGAUUAUCUGUUAGCAAUAUAAAAUGAUACUGUCUUGUAUAUUUUGCACUGUAAGUUUUAGGUACUGCCGUGCUUCAUGUUUUGUGAUU